AUGAGAGACCACGUGUGGACGGACGAGCGAAACCGCGAGCAGCGUCGGUGGGUCGAGAGCCUGGACGAGGGCACAAUCUGCAGCCUAGCCUCGUCCUUCCAUGGCGGCGAUCCAUGCACAAUCUUCCAGGAUCGCCGACGCGGCUCGUUCAAUGUCUGCUUCUUCGUCCAAUUCACCCGCCCUCCCCACGACCGCUGGGUCGUCCGGCUCCCCAUCGCCGGCGCCGUUCCCCAGCCCAUGCUGGACGAAAAGCUGGAGAUCGAGCUCGCCACAAUGAGAUACGUCGCGGCCAAGACGACCAUCCCGGUGCCGAAGGUGCACGCCUACGCGUUCUCGAACGAGAGCGCGGCGCUGGACGGCCACCCCUUCGUCAUCAUGGACUUCGUGGCGGGGCAGGACCUCAACCGCCUCGGGUUCGGCCGCGACGAGGUCUGGGGCGACCUCCUGGCGCCGGGGCAGCCGCAGACGCCGGCGACGAGGCGCGUCCACGAGCAGAUCGCGGACGUGUACGUGCAGCUGCGGCGGCUCGAGUUCCCGCGGAUCGGCGCGCUGGGCGUGCGCUCGCGGCGCGUGCCGCUGACGUCGUGCAGCCCGGACGAGAUCGUCGUGUGCAACAGGCCGCUGUCGGUCGCCAUGGCGGGCCAGGAGCGCAGCGGCUAUGGCCCGCUGUUGGCCUUCCCGCCCCGGACGACCUUCUCCACCGCGAGCGCGUUCGUCAAGGCCCUGCUGUGGCUGGCCGACAACUACCUGGACAAGGCGCCCCACCUGGGCAUGGACGUGAAGGAGCCCAAGGCCAUCCUUUACGCGGCGCACCACUUCAAGUGGUACGUCCGGCAGGAGUGGCUCGACCACUCGCGCAAUUUGGGUCCGUUCGUCUUGGCACAUGGCGAUAUAGAUCAGGUGUUGGGCAACACGCUGUUCGACGACGACUACAACCUUGUCGGCGUGGUCGACUGGGAAUGGAGCUGGGUUGUUCCGGCGCAGUUCUUGGUUCCCCCCAGCUGGCUUGCGGGCGACUCGCCAGGCAACUUGCUGUACGCGCAGGAUGCCUUCAACGAGCAGUGCCGCAGGCUCCUUCAGGCCGUCAGGGAGCAGCCCGCACGCAGGUGCCACUCGGCCAUCACCCUCGCGCUGAAGUUCCCCCGUCUCACCUAUUACGUGUACUGGGACUACGUUUUCAAGGCCAAGUCACCCAGGUGGAGGUCUGCGACCGAGAAGGACGUCGGACAGCGACAGUCAACCGAUUUUGGUUCGCGAAUCGCGGCAUUCAUGGCGGGCUCUCAGAAGCGAUGGGACUUUCUGGCGAGAAAGAUCCGCGAGCAGGUCGAGUUUUUCGAGGCCGAGAGAGUGCGCACGAAGCAGAGCGAUCCGCGGCAGAUUACGGACCGCCCUCAUUUUUGUUUAGAGUAG